AUGUUUAUUGCUGGAUCUUACGAUGUUGGAGAAGAAAUCUGGUUUGCAGCUCUUGGACAGAAGUAUGUAAAGGAGAACUACAUGAUUGAAGCAGGUCUUGUUUUGAGACUUACAAGAGUAAGAAGUGAAAUUAUCCGCAGUGAUAUUGAGUGGCCGAAGUUCGGAGUUGGUUGGCCCCCGGAGGGAACUUUUGAUUUACAGAUUGUCCGUCGCGUAAAGGAAAUCAUCACCAGUGAAAGAAAAUUCGGACAUCCUGACCAACUCCUGUAUAUCUUAGUCUGGCAAGAUCUAGUCCAGAACCCCCCUGCUUGGUUAAAGCCAUUUUUGUCGUUACAGGCACAACCCGUACUGCCGGCUAAACUGCUUGGGUCCCACCCCAACACCCCGUCGGCACCUGCGGUUUUCCAAGACUCUACCCCGGAGGAACUUCUAUUUCCACCACCCUAUCAUAACCCUUGUAGUAACCCUCCCCAACUCCUGCGGUCGGCUGACCACCCUCCCCCAGAGGCGGGCGGGGCUCGUGGGCAGGGUCCGGCGGCAGGCACCCGCUCAGUGAAGGCGAAUUCCCCGGAUUCCACCGUCCUGCCCCUGCGUGUGGCAGGAUUGCCUAAUGAGCAGGGCAACCAGCCCAUGCACUACUGGCCGUUUGCGACCAGUGACCUCUACAACUGGAGAGCACAAAAUGCACGUUUCUCUGACAACCCUAAAGACCUUGUUAAUCUCCUAGACACUGUUCUAUUUACUCAUCAGCCCACCUGGGAUGAUUGCCAACAGCUCUUGCAGGUCCUCUUCACCACUGAGGAGCGAGAUCGUAUACUGACGGCCGCCAGGAAAUUAGUCCCUGGAGAAGAUGGCACACCCACCACAAACGCGGCCCGCAUAGAUUUAGUGUUUCCCUUGACCCGACCUGACUGGGAUUUUAACCAGGCUGAAGGUAAGGAGAGACUCCGGGUGUACUGCCAGACUCUAAUGGCAGGGUUGCGUGCAGCAGCCCGCAAGCCCACCAAUUUGGCCAAGGUAGGGGAUGUGCAGCAGGGAAGGGAGGAGACCCCCGCGGCUUUUCUAGAACGCCUCAUGGAAGCUUUUCGGCAAUAUACUCCUAUGGAUCCGGAGGCAAUGGAGAACAGGGCCGCGGUGGUGGCAGAAAAGGUGUACAAUCGCCGUGAAACUCCUGAGCAAAGAGAAGACCGCAUCCGCCAGGAAGAACGGAAGGACCGUCAGGGCUCGACCCUCCCCGAGCCCCGGCUAACCUUAAAAGUGGAGGGGAGACCCGUUAAUUUCCUUGUGGACACGGGGGCACAGCAUUCAGUCCUCACGGAACCCUUGGGUAAACUUUCCGGUAAAACUUCGUGGGUGCAAGGGGCUACGGGAUGCAAGCAGUAUCCCUGGACCACGAAAAGAUCUGUAGACCUGGGAAAAGGUCAGGUCUCGCACACCUUCGUUGUAAUUCCUGAAUGCCCGUACCCAUUAAUUGGAAGAGACCUUUUAACCAAGGUAGGAGCGCAAAUCUCAUUUGGACAGGAAGGUGUCGAAAUCAAGGACUUUAAGGGCUCUCCCCUACACGUCCUCACGAUUUCCCUUCAAGAUGAGUACCGCCUUUUGGUGGCGCCAGAUCACCCACCCCUUUCUGGGUGGUGGAUGGAAUCUUUCUCGAAUGUUUGGGCAGAAACCGGGGGCGUUGGCCUGGCGUCCCACAGACCACCCAUUAUAGUCCAGCUAAAGCCUGGGGCUGAACCCAUUCGGGUAAAACAGUACCCUAUGCCUGCAGAAGCCAAGGCAGGAAUAACGCCUCAUAUUCGGAGGCUAUUGGACAGUGGUAUCCUUAAAACAUGCCAUUCGUCAUGGAACACCCCUUUGUUACCGGUGCGAAAACCACACUCGCAAGACUUCAGGCCGGUACAGGACCUCAGAGAAGUAAAUAAACGGGUCAUAGAUAUCCACCCCACAGUCCCAAACCCUUAUACCUUGCUGAGUGCCUUGCCACCUACUCAUGUGUGGUACACAGUAUUGGACUUAAAAGAUGCCUUCUUUAGUCUACCACUAGCACCCCAAAGCCAGGAAAUGUUUGCCUUUGAAUGGCAGGAUGCGGAACGGGGCAUCAGUGGACAAUUAACUUGGACAAGGUUGCCUCAAGGGUUUAAAAACUCUCCCACCCUUUUUGACGAGGCCCUUCAUGAGGAUUUAAGAAAAUUCCGCAGCCGAUUUCCCGAACUAACUUUGCUCCAGUAUGUUGAUGAUCUGUUACUUGCAGCGGAAAGUGAGCAUGCCUGCCGAACAGGAACAGCCGAAUUACUGACGGAACUGGGCCAGAUGGGAUACCGCGUCUCCGCAAAAAAGGCACAAAUUUGCCUGCCCGAGGUAAUCUAUCUGGGCUACCGCCUCAAAAACGGUUAUAGGUGGCUGACGGAAGCCAGAAAAGCUACUGUCUUACAGUUGCCGACACCCACCACCAAAAGGGAGGUACGUGAGUUCCUGGGAUCUGCUGGGUUUUGCCGGCUAUGGAUACCUGGAUUCGCAGACCUGGCCCAACCCUUGUAUGAGGCUACCCGGGAAAAAGUAACUUUUCAGUGGACUCCCCAGAUGCAGCAGUCUUUUGAGUCCUUAAAGAGGGCUUUACUGUCUGCACCAGCCCUGGGUCUUCCGGACAUUACAAAGCCUUUCCAUUUGUUCGUAGAUGAGGCAAAGGGCAUAGCUAAAGGGGUGCUCACUCAGUCCUUGGGCCCCUGGAGGCGUCCUGUGGCUUAUCUGUCUAAAAAGUUAGACCCGGUGGCGUCCGGCUGGCCACCGUGCUUACGCAUGGUGGCAGCGGCUGCCCUCCUUUUCAAGGACUCCCAAAAACUGUCUCUGGGACAAGUUACUUCCAUAACCACCCCCCAUGCGGUGGAAGGAGUCCUCAGGCAGCCGCCAGAGAGGUGGAUGAGUAAUGCCCGAAUCACACAUUACCAAAGCCUAUUGCUCAACCCAGAGAGGGUCAAUUUUUCGCCACCCACGGGGCUAAACCCCGCCUCCCUCCUACCUGCCCCUGACCUGGAGGCCCAUCUAGACUGUGUUGAUAUCUUGGCCCAGGUCCAAGGGUUACGCCCUGAUCUGCGAGAUAACCCUCUGCCGGACGGACUGGUUUGGUUUACGGAUGGGAGCAGUUUUAUCCACGAGGGCCGAAGAGCGGCAGGGGCGGCAGUGGUGUCCAUGCAGGAAGUCAUAUGGGCUGAGCCUUUGCCAUCCGGGACGUCCGCUCAAAAGGCUGAACUAAUUGCCCUAACCAAAGCUCUCACCUUGGCUCGAGGGAAAAAUUUAACUGUGUAUACUGACAGCAGAUAUGCAUUUGCCACGGCCCACGUACACGGGGCCAUAUAUCGAGAGCGCGGGCUCUUAACCUCCGACGGCAAAGGCAUUAAAAACGCUCAAGAAAUUAUGGAUCUCCUGGCAGCGCUGUGGCUACCACGUAAGCUGGCUAUAGUACAUCAUCCAGGUCAUCAAAAGGACUCCUCGACUCCAACUCAAGGUAAUAAGCGGGCGGAUGAGGCAGCACGCCAAGCUGCCCUAAUGCCGGUAAAUGCCCUGACAGUAAAACUCCCAGACCCAGGGGACCCGCAGCUGCCGAAAGACCCAGAGUAUAGUGCUAUGGACUUUGACUACAUACAGUCUCUACCGGGUGCUUUUUCUUUGGGACACUGGUGGUACACCCAAGAAACUAAGGCCAUCUUGCCAGCACACUUGGCCACUGAUCUCAUUCAGCGCUUGCACCGAGCCACGCAUUUGGGAGAGAGAAAAAUUCUAACUCUAAUCAGGCAAUGGAACCUCCAUGUCUGGGACGCAACCUGUACCGUGCGACAAGUAGUGGCAUCCUGCCAGUCGUGUGCCAUGGUAAACGCCACCAAGACAACCGGUGAACCAGGAAUGAGGCCGCGAGGAACGCGCCCGGGGGUCCAUUGGGAAAUAGACUUCACCGAGGUAAGACCAGGUAAAUUUGGCUAUCGAUACCUGCUGGUCCUGGUGGACACGUUUUCCGGAUGGCCGGAGGCGUUCCCGACAAGAGGUGAGUCAGCUCGAGUGGUAGCCAAAAUCCUGUUGGAAAACAUUUUUCCUAGAUUUGGGUUUCCAGUGACCAUUGGGUCAGACAAUGGACCAGCCUUUGUCUCUCAGGUAUCAAAAUCUGUGGCUUCUGCCCUGGGAGCAGAGUGGAAGCUCCAUUGUGCCUAUCGGCCCCAGAGUUCAGGGCAGGUGGAGAGAAUGAACAGAACUUUAAAAGAAACUUUAACUAAAUUAACUUUAGAGUCUGGCGGGGACUGGGUGACUCUCCUUCCCUAUGCCCUCUUCCGGGCUCGCAAUUCCCCUUAUCGUCUGGGUCUGUCUCCGUUCGAGAUUAUCUAUGGAACCGCCCCCCCAACCACACCGCACGGUGCGCAGUUAGCUUGUGAUUUGCCUUCUGAUUGUGAACUUUUUCUUUCUGUGUGGGCUGUACAGCAGGCUCACCGGGAGGUCUGGCCCCGCCUCAGAGCGCUCUAUGAAGGGGGAGGACCUUCUCAGACAGCCUACAAAUUUCAGCCUGGAGAUCUUGUCCUUGUCCGCCGACACAAGACCGACGGUCGUGGCCUCCAGCCCCGGUGGAAGGGUCCCUACAUCGUCCUCCUGACCACACCCACCGCACUCAAAGUGGACGGCAUCGCGGCCUGGGUUCAUCACUCACACGUCAAGACGGCACCAACUGACGACUCCCAGCUGCAGUGGCGAGCCCGGAAGCAUCCCACCAAUCCACUCAAGCUGACUCUUCAGGCGCUCCCGGCUACAACCCAUCGCUCCCAGACCACUGCCCACGCCGUGAAAAAUGACACCAAACUGUAAUGUUGGCUACCUACUGUCCUUCCUUUGUUUUCUCCUUGUCGGGGCUGACUGGGAUCCCUGCCGACGGUGCAUCACCGAAGGCAUAUUCGGUCAUAUUCAGAGCAAGUGCUAUGUUAGUAAGCGUGCUUGCAGCCUUAAGGGAGUUCCUCUGUUUGUGGCGACCCUGAUUAAGGGCACCACCCAUGGAUGUCCAGGUACAGUGGGGAGGGUGGUCUGUUGGAAGCGUUUAAAUCAAAUGCCGCCUAAAAAUGAAAGUUGCAAUCAC